AUGGCGGCACGGAAACUGCAACAGGAGAUUGACCGAGAGUUCAAGCGGACGGACGAGGGAAUAGAACUCUUCAACUCCAUCCACGACAAGCUGCUCGGCUCGCAGAACCCGUCGCAAAAGGACAAGCAGGAGGACUUGCUUAAGAAGGAGAUCAAGAAGCUGCAGCGGUCGCGGGACAAGAUAAAGUCAUGGGCGGCGUCGAGCGAGAUCAAGGACAAGAAGCCGCUGCUGGAGAAGCGGCGGGCGAUUGAGACGUGCAUGGAGAAGUUCAAGGCGGUCGAGAAGGAGAUGAAGACCAAACAGUACUCCAAAGAAGGCCUGUCCGCCGCGGCCAAACUGGAUCCGAAGGAGAAGGAGAAGAUGGAGGUGGGAGAUUUCCUGACGGACAUGGUGGACAAGCUCGGUCAGCAGAUUGAGGCGCUGGAAGCCGAGUCGGAGGUGCUGCAAGCGGGCAUGAAGAAGAAGAAGUCGGAUGGUGGCAAGGCGGACCGGGUGGGCGAGUUGGAAAAGGCCAUGGAGCGGCAUAAAUGGAACAUCAGCAAGCUCGAGAUUCUCGCACGCGCUCUUGAGAAUGGAGGCGUCGAGGUAGAGCAGGUGAAGGACAUUGAAGAAUCCAUCCGGUACUACGUCGAGCAGAACCAGGAGGUCGACUUUGUGGAAGACGAGGCCCUCUACGAUGAUCUGAAUCUGGAGGAGGAAGAGGAUUACUAUGGACUGAACAAAGACGAUGACAGAGAUGGCAGCCAGGACGCCCUGAGCACGCAGGAUGAGCCGCCGGAGAACGACGGUCCGCACCGUACGAGCAGUAACAGCGCAAAGGCGAAAUCGACAUCUGUCUCGGAAGGUUCUGGCCCGGCGCGAAGAUCAAGUGUCCAGAUGAAAUCACCGCUUCCGGCCCUGUCAACAUUACAUUCCAGUCUACCCAGCGGGAGCCUCAGCGGCAAGCCCGUGGAGUCAAUGAAGCCAGCACCUCUCCCCACCAUUCCUACUGGCCAAACGUUGAAGUAUGCUUCGGCGGCCGCGGCGGCAGCAGCGAGCGAUAAGAGUGGUAUAGGUAUUGCGCCGUUACCACCACCUCCGGGAGCGUCAAAGACGAGCGAAACCAGCUCGCCCGCAGUAUCCGCAGCGCAGCCGGUAAGCGUGGCUCCCUCACCCUCGCAAGCACCACCUCCUCAACCAGCAAAGGCGGUCGAAGCCGCAAAGCAGCCUUCUCCCGCACCAGCAAUAGCGAAAGAGGUGCCAAAAGCGCCCGAACCCGCCGUUUCGCAACCUUCAAGAACGUCUUCAAUCAAGCCGUCUCCACAGAUCGCGCAAGCACAGCCAGCCGCAGUACCAGAGUCGAGCAGCACUUCCAGCUCAACACGCGCACCGGAAGGCAGCACCGCAGCAUCGUCGCUCGCCAACGGCGAAGCACCCCAACAACAGCUUCCCGCGCCAUCAGAAGAAGAGGAGGAAUCCAUCUAUCACCUCCCCUCCUCGCUCGCAGACCUCCUCGACUCCUUCGAAGAAACCGCCGCGCGCUCCACCACCAGCAACCCCUUCACCGACGCCGUGCCCCUCCUCAACACCUCGCGCCUCACAGCGCCCACCCCCCUCGACGCCGAGAAACCCGCGCACUACCAACCCACCACCCGCUAUCCCUACACGCUGCCCUCCUACCCGCAGGAACCGCUCGGCAUCUUCGACGACCCGCGCCUGUACGGCCGCAUCGACACCGACUCCCUCUUCUACGCCUUCUACUACCAGCAAGGCACGUACAAGCAGUUCCUCGCGGCGAAGGCGCUCAAGAGCCAGAGCUGGCGCUUCCACAAGCAGUACCAGACAUGGUUCCAGCGGCACGAGGAGCCGAAGAAUAUUACGGAGGAGUUUGAGCAGGGGACGUAUCGCUUCUUUGACUAUGAGAGCACAUGGAUGAACCGACGGAAAGGCGACUUCAAGUUUGCGUACAAGUUUCUGGAAGAUGACUUGUAG